UAAAGGAGGUGACGCUCAACGGAAAAAAGGUCUUAGUUUUUGCCAAAUAAUCCAGAAUAUGGAUUGGAAUGAGGGAAAUGGGUGUCCGUCUCACAGUCACAUGGAUGACCACUACCAUGGACACGGGGGACACUCUCACGGUCACCCGCAUGGGCAUGGACAUGGACAGAGCGGAAUGAUGCAUGGUUUCAAACCAGGAUUCCACGGACAGUUUGGCCCAAGGAGUGACAUUAUAAUGGACCCCACACAGCAACCGAAAAAGCGCUCCCAUAUGGAGGACAGCAGCAGCUGGGACAUCAUAAAGGCAACACAGUUUGGAAUCCUGGACCGAUGUAAAGAGCUGGUAGAAGCAGGUUACGAUGUGAGGCAACCGGACAAAGAAAAUGUGUCCCUGCUUCACUGGGCUGCCAUUAACAAUCGGAUGGAGCUAGUCAAGUAUUACAUUUCAAAAGGUGCCAUUGUUGACCAGCUAGGAGGUGAUCUGAACUCAACACCUCUACACUGGGCAAUAAGACAGGGCCAUCUGUCAAUGGUGAUUCAGCUGCUAAGGUAUGGAGCAGAUCCCUCUCUGGCAGAUGGUGAGGGCUUCCGUAGCCUUCAUCUGGCUGUGCUCUUUCAACACAUGCCCAUCGUGGCCUACCUGCUGGCUAAGGGACAGGAAGUUGAUAGUCCAGAUCUAAAUGGGCAAACAGCUUUGAUGUUGGCAGCCCAAAAAAUUAUCGGACCCGAGCCCACCAACUUCCUCAUCAAGUGUAACGCUUCAGUCAACACUGUGGACAAGGUGAAUAGGAACUCACCCCUCCACUGUGCAGUGCUGGCAGGGAAUGUGGAUGCAGUUCACAUUCUGCUGGCAGCUGGAGCCAGUGUGGACCUGCAGAAUGCCAAGGGACAAACUCCCAUUGAUCUAGCCCACCAUGUUCACAGCCCCCUGCUGGUUCACAUGUUAAACCAUAUCAAACAGGAGAGGAUGAAGUCAAAUUCACCCUGUUUUAAGAUGGUCAACAAAUACAAGUUCCACCUGCAGCUGUUGUUCUGCACCAUGAUGCUGUGGCUUGUGGGAGCAAUCACAGACAUGCGCACCGAGUCCUGGCUGUUGAAGGGAAUACUUUUGGCCUGCGUGCUGGCUGUCGCCAACCUGCUGUCACGGCAGCUGGCAGGCCCCUCCAUGCACGGCUUCCUACCUGCCUGCAUCCUCUUGGCCUCCCUCUUCUGGAUGCUGGUCACAUGGUGCCUUUGGUUCCUGCCUGAUGUACCAGGACUUACAGUGCAGAUCCUCUUCACCAUCAGUGCCACUGCUCUGAUUUACUAUUACUUCAGGAGCUGGAAGACAGACCCAGGCUACAUUAGAGUCACUGAGGAGGAGAAGAAGGCUAACGUGGUGCUGCUGGCUGAAGCAGGCUGUUUGGACCCCAGGGUCUUCUGCACCUCCUGUAUGAUGCGGAAGCCGAUCAGAGCUGCUCAUUGCUUUGCCUGUGAUUCCUGCGUUGCUAAGCAAGAUCACCACUCCGUAUGGAUCAAUGGCUGCAUAGGUGCCAGGAAUCAUCGAUAUUUUGUGUUGUUCCUCUUUUUCCUCACUCUCUUCGGGGCCUGGAUGUUCUAUGGAAGUCUCACCUAUUGGUCCAAUAACUGUCCAAUGAGCUACCAGAAGGAUGGGGUGUGGGGAGUGUUGACUGUGCUGGUUAGCUGCUCUCCAUGGGUGCUGUACAUAUUUUCUAUCACUUUCUUGCACACUUGCUGGGCCUCGCUCUUUCUCUGUCUGCAGCUGUAUCAGAUUGCCGUUUAUGGGUUGACUUCAGCUGAGAGGAUGAACCUUCUUCAGAGACAAAGCAGAUUUCCGCAGUCCUUUUCACUGAGGCAAAAUCCAUACAAUUUGGGUUUUGUCCGGAACAUUGUGAACUUCUUCCAGCUGCGUUGCUGUGGGCUGUGUAAGCCUGCCAUGGUGGACUGGACCCAGCAGUACUCUGUUGCUCUUAACCAUUCUACAGGUGAUGCAUUUAACACUGUUUGACCUGUGGACUCAAAGUCCUCCUCAGGGAGGACCGAUCCUCCUGUGGUUCUGAGCUGCAAGACAUGUUUAAUUUGGAAGGAUUUUUUGUUUGUGUGGAAAUAAUGAGAACCCUCCCAAAAAGGACAAAAUGUUAUUAAAGUCUGAAUUGUAAGUCUUUGUGUAAAAACUAAAAACCAUUGCCUUCAAGGGAAAAACAGACAAUAUAAUACCUUGGAUGAUGUGACUUUUGAGUACCCCUUGAAGUGGUUGAUUAAAGUAUGUAUGAAGUUCAAAGAACAUUUUGUAUGUAAAGCUGUAUUUUGAUAAGAGAGUUGUUUUUGAGAUGAUUUUGUUAAAGGGAACAAUU